AUGCCUGGCCCGGCCAAGGCACAGGCUGGUCGAACUCGGCCGCCGUUUACAUCUUGGACCGCUCCUCUCUUAGCUUACCCUCCGAAACACGAGAAACUUGGAGAACGAAAGCCCGUCUUUGGGCUCGCUCUUUUCGCCUCUUCCAUGGCGGAUGCACCCUUUACCAUUCGUCCGCUCCCAGUGUCCUCCCGCCAGCUAGAUGCUCAGGAAAGUCCGGAAAAUACUCGUGGACGUGGAAAUGAGACAACAGGCUCACCUUCUAUCGUCCGACGCUCCUUCCGGAGUCGGAGCCGACAUAUUCGCGGAGGCUCUUCCCUUGGGACAGUCUUUGGAGACUCAAAAAUAGAAGGUACUUUGCAUUGGAACCAAGACAUUGCAAGCAGCGGUCUCAUUUGCGGCUCUUCGAGCAAAGAGCUGCUCCGUACAAUGAUGCAAAUGGUCAAGAUGCAUCUCCAGGACGGCCGGGGGUCCUCCGCACUGAUAUUCCAUGCGUCUUCGCGUGACCACUUGGUUUCUUCGUCACAAGUCUCUACUAUCCACAUUGCCAAACGGCUCCCUUCGCCGUCCAUUUUUCUUGCCCCUCAGCCUAGACGUACAGUAAAAGAGCUGUACACUUCCAUUCCCUUGGAUCCACAUAACAUAUUGCCGUUACGGUUCAACGAGGCAGAUAUUAGUCUGGCUCAUGUGCUUGCACUCUGUACUCCUCCGCCAGAGUACCCGAAUCGUGAACGGAUCCUUACAUCUGUUCAAUUCAUCGUCAGUCGACUAGCGGAACCCUUUAGCAUUCGAGAAUUCAACCAAUUUGUAGAUGAAGAGCAGUGGGAUUCACAUGGGAGCGCCUUUAUGGCAAUCCGCCAAACUUUGUUGACAACUCUUAUCGCCUCUCAUGAUGGAGACAAAGACGACGUGGAUGUCGUCUCCAGAAUUCGUCACGGGGGAGCCAUUGUUAUCGAUUUAUCUGAUCCAGUACUGCGAAGCACCGGUCUCGACAGCGUGCUCUUCGACAUGGUUCUAUGUUUAUAUUGCUCUGUACAACGAGAUACUAGAAAACUUCUUGUUCUUGAUCAAGCACACGAGUACAUGUCUACUAACCCAGCAUUACUCAACACGCUCGUUACACUCUUCUCCAUGCACACGGACUCACCUAUCAAGACCCUCCUUUCCAGUUCCGAUCUCACUCUCAUUUCGCCACGCCUCCUUAGUCACAUUGACUACCUGAUCUGCCAUGAUUUUCGCUCUCCUACCUGGUUAAACUACUUACAGCAGCACAUUGCUUGUUCGCCCACCUUGCCUGUGGCCUCGGCCAGCGCCAAUCAAGAAGGGUCCGCUAUUCAUAACCUAGAAACACGUCAGGCGAUAAUCAUAUCCCCUCGAUCCAUCUCAGAAGUUGCCAACGGCUCCUCCACACAACCGGAUCAAAAUCCAGUCAAAUGGUCCAGCAAAGCUUACCGCGUGGAGAUGGGUUUCGACGCCCCUCUGACUGUGGAGCAACGGAAAAUCGAACAACUCGAAGCUCUCGUUGCACAGUUGUCCAGUAACGCAGACAACACCGGGUUGGCAGCACCAAAUGUCACCGUUUCUCAUCACCAUCACCAUGUGCCAGCCCCGUCGACAAUGGGCGGAGGCACAGUAAUCUCCCGCCGAAGUAGAAAGGAAUCCAGUAUUUACAUGGAGAACACUAUUAGUGCCUUGCGAAAUGCACUGGGGUACUUGGCAGCCCGCAAGGCUAUAGAGGGACCCUCGCCUUCACACUCGCCGCCUGCCUCUCCAACACUUGCGCCGCCUGUAGUACCUCCUCACCAGCUGACUCCAGUCGAAGAAAAUACAGAGGCAAAGACGUCAGACUCAGAUGGGAAGGGCUCCUCUGAUCGUCCACUUGUCGUGAAAAACGUCACCUCGGAUUCCGAUCCACUCUCCGAUGGUUCAGCUUGGAAGAUAAAGCCACUUGGCACCGAGUUCAGUCUUUCGAUCCCCGUUGUCCAGUCGUUGCCAGACUUGGGUCCAUUUAAUCCUACGACGAUUCAGGAACCGGACAGACCUACCCUUCUUGCUGCUCUUCAAAAAGCAGUUCUGGAUGCCGGGGGCGAACUCGGCGUUCCUAUAGCUACUCACAAAGUCGCCGAAGCCUUUUUACAAGCCAAUCAUCCCAUUGAUAGUCUCCUGCCGACAUGGCAAGCCACUGCAGAGUAUGCCGAGCGACAUGGUCUACUCGAGGUAGUCCGUAACGAUAAUACGAAGCACGAGUGGAUAGUCGUUUCAAAACCGGAUACCGAGGAAGGCCAGGGAAGCCCCCCUCCACCUCCCUUUCCUGUAAUCUCCCAUGUGGAUACACAUAAAGCAGAAGAUCAAGAGACCGUGCCGUGGCCCAAAGCACACGAUAGCUCUGUUGUGCAAUCUCCAGAUGGGUGGUAUGAGAUGAUGCAGGAGUCGGCCCUUAGACCCCAGACUACCGCUCCUGUUAUUGUCACACCUCAGGCACUUCCACCGUCACCAUUCGAACCCCUACUUCAAGCUAUGUCGACGCUACGAGACUUACAACCCUUUGCUCCGCUUUUGCUACAUAACGUUAGUUAUGAACUGAAGCGCCGCUUCCCGACCGCAAUUCGUGACGCAGGAUACAAAACCAUGGUCGAGUAUCUCUAUGGUGCUCAGGCACAAGGUCUGGUGGAAGUCACAGACGAUGCCUCUGGCUCUAUCUACGUUCAGUUCGCUAAACAUCAACCCGCUACUGCUCCGGGCCUUGCCAUCCGUUCUCCACCUAAGCAUAUCUCAUCUCUUUAUUCACUAUCAACCGACAAGUCCCAACCAGACAGCUCUGCAGUGCCAAGCUCGGAUGCUCAUCUUGCCUAUCCCAAGGAACACUUUGGUCCACUCCUUACCGUCCUUCGAUCUCUUCGCAAGCACAACCUAUACAAGGUUACGUUCACUCCCCUGUCGCUGGCGCUCGAAAAGAUGUUUCCCAACGCAAUGAAGCGACUCGGCAUCGAUAAUAUUGACCAAUACAUCUAUCAAGCGCGCGAUGCGGGCUUGGUCAUUACGGGAGAUGGAGCUAACGGCAAGGUUUGGGUGUCACUAACUGAUGCAGAGCAGAACGGAGCCGCCACACCAACGCCAACGAAUACGAUUAAGAUCAAGACGUCUCCUUCAGCCACCUCGCUUCACUUUCCAUCGCCUCCAGACAAGAGUCGCGUCUCAGAUUUUUCCAGACUCUUGCGGGCCAUACGAGCAUUGUCCGCUCCUGGUCGCGAGCGUGUGCUCUGUUCUCGAGUGGGAAUGAUGCUCAACAAGGAAGACUAUAAGGCAAUGAAUGUCGAAACAUUCUCCCAAUGUCUUGUUGCCGCGUCCAAGGCCAACCUUAUCGUCCACGGAGGAGUUGGAGGAUCAGCAUGGGUCGCACUAAAAGCUCCCUCGGUAGCUGGAGUCCACCCGAGCAAGGUCUAUGAAGAACCUCGUUCGCGUCUCGUGAAGACCGCACCACCCGAGAUUGCAACAAAUCCGGUUGUGCCCUCAGGCUCAGCAUAUAAGCUGCCUUUAUCAGAAGAGGAUGUGGAACCCUUCAGACCUUUGCUCAAUAUUUUACGCACCUUUAUUCACAGCAAGCAUAUUGCGGAGCCGUUCCGGACAGUCGUAGAGAAAAACCUCCUCAAAGUCAAACCAGACGUUCUUUUUGCCUCAAAAUGCAACACGAUGGACGAUUAUAUACUACGGGCACAGUCUUAUGGCCUGAUUGCCCAAGUCGGCUAUGGUAAGGCGGCGAGGCUGCGUCUCCUGGAAAAUAGUGGCCUUGCCCUGCCAUAG